CCUGAGCCACUGAUGCUCUGUGCAUGUGCGCCGUUGUGAUGAUGCCGUGAGCUCAUAUUGGUAGGUACCUUAUUUGGUUUUCUGCUGCUGCCUUGUCCACGAUCACGUCACCAUACGGUGGAUGGGAAGAACGACAGAUAGUCACGCUCUUGCUUCACUGUCCCGUAAAUACUCAACGUCUAGUUCACGGUCCGCAAACUCUCCCCUCUACUCCUCUGUCCUGUACCUUGCUCAGUGGAUGCGAUCGGAAACAGUUGUGCUAUAGGCGUUGGCUGUAUGUGCAACUGCUAGUGUGUGCGUGUGUAUGUGUGUGUCAACUCUUCGCCGAUUCCUUCUCAGUUGUAUUGCUAUUGCCGCUGCACUUGACGCUUCGAUAUAAUUUGUUCCGCGCUAGUUACCCGUUGGCGAAUCGGGCACUGUAUGCAAUGAACUAGUGUGAGCUGAUACAGGUGUAAACGCAACCUUUCUUAAAGCGGGUUGUGGUACCUCAAAGAGUUUGAAUUCAUCUCUUAGGUGCUUAUGAGAGGCUCAGGCGAACAAGUUUUCGCGCAAGGUUAGCCUGACUAACUUCAAAAAGGGAUUUUUCAGCAUAAAUUAUCGUAUUACUGCCUGAACGGUAUUGUACACACGUUUUAAUACAAGUGGAGCCCCAGUUGUACAGAAGCUUUCGUUGCAUAUCAAAGGAGGAGGCUAAAAGGAUGUGACGAUCUGUAUGGUAUGCUCACGUUGCAGUAGGCAACUUUCAGUCGCUUUGUUGGCGAUGGCGUCAUCGGGUCAGGCAGAGAAUCGUAUCACUUGCGCAAGUGGCACGGCUGGUGCGUUGGCCACUGCUGCCGCUUCGGCCGCCAGUAGUCACAUGUAUUCAUACAAUUGCUUAGCCUCCGUAUGGGAUAGCUAUGAAAACAUUCCUCGAGUGAGAGUGGAGUACUACGUCAACGAAAACACAUUCAAGGAACGGCUCCAGCUCUACUUUAUCCGCAACCAACGAUCAAGUCUGCGGAUCCGAAUCUUCAACCUGUUCAUCAAACUGUUGACGUGCUUGCUCUACGUCGGCCGCGUCAUUUUCGACAAUGAUCCCACUCAAGCCACUUGUUACGGAUGCGAGGUGGGUAAUAAGACUGAAUAUUUGGCUGCAUAUGAGAAGACGCCUCAACAGUUUAUGGACAAUCCCAUCAUUCACUGGGAAGCUAUCUGGUGGAUAGAACGGCCCACCGCACUCUGGGUCAUCGAAGUCAUUUUCGCCCUCAUCAGCCUCAUUGAAACUCUCCUAGUUGCCUAUCUCAGCUACAAAGGAAACAUCUUGCAGGAAAUCCUUUCGUUUUACUUCAUCUUGGAGCUCGUGAACACCAUACCAUACAUUUUUACGUUGUUUUACUCGCCAUUACGUCAUCUGUUCAUUCCCGUCUUCCUCAACUGCUGGCUGGCCAAACGGGCACUGGAAAACAUGUUUAAUGACCUCCAUCGGGCGAUGCAGCGUUCCCAGUCUGCCCUGUCUCAGCAGCUGAUGGUCUUGUCAGCCACUCUUCUUUGCCUCGUAUUUACCAGUGUGUGCGGAGUUCAACAUUUCCAGAGAGCAGGUCAUCGCCAUUUCAACUUGUUCCAGUCGUGCUAUUUUGUGGUGGUGACAUUCUCAACUGUCGGCUACGGCGACUACGUUCCAGACAUUUGGCCGUCGCAGCUCUACAUGGUCGUCAUGAUUUGCGUCGCCCUCAUCGUUCUGCCCACGCAGUUUGAACAAUUGGCCUUCACCUGGAUGGAACGUAAAAAAUUGGGAGGCACUUAUUCGUCUCAUCGAGCCCAGUCGGAGCGUCACGUGGUCGUCUGUUCGACAUCGUUACACGCCGACACCAUUAUGGACUUUCUCAACGAGUUUUAUGCGCAUCCUCUUCUCCAGGAUUAUUACGUGGUACUUCUAUCGCCCAUCGAGCUGGACACGACGAUGCGGAUGAUCCUGCAGGUGCCGAUGUGGGCCCAACGGGUCAUCUACAUCCAGGGAUCUUGUCUCAAAGACGCCGAUCUGGCCAGGGCACGCAUGAACGAAGCCGAAGCCUGUUUCGUUCUGGCCGCCAGGAACUAUUGUGAUAAAACGGCAGCCGAUGAACACACAAUAUUGCGAUCGUGGGCCGUAAAAGAUUUUGCGCCCGAAGUCCCUCAGUACGUGCAGAUUUUCCGCCCAGAAAACAAACUGCACGUUAAAUUUGCACAACACGUUGUGUGUGAGGACGAGUUCAAGUACGCUUUGUUAGCAAACAACUGUCUGGCUCCGGGGACAUCAACUUUGGUUACGUUACUUCUUCACACUUCUCGCGGCCAGGAAGGCCAAGUGUCGGACGAAGAGUGGCAUAGACUAUAUGGAAAAUGUAGCGGCAACGAGAUCUACCACAUCCUGUUAGCGGAAAGUCGUUUUUUCGGCGAGUAUGAUGGCAAAAGUUUCACGUAUGCCAGCUUUCACUCACAUCGGAAAUACGGUGUGGCAUUGGUGGGAGUGAGACCAGCCGAGAUGCCCGAAUUCUACGAGGAAACCAUUUUACUAAAUCCAGGCCCUCGACACAUCAUGAAAAAAACUGAUAUUUGUUUCUACAUGAGCAUCACCAAGGAGGAAAAUUCGGCCUUCGUUGCCACACCGACUGCCUCCAGUGGCACAGAUGCCGCCGCCCAAAUGCAACAACCAGCUAGCAGCAGUGCUCAAUCCAACAUGGAGGCUGGGAUGACUUCCACCAUGUCAGGAGGUUUCGUAAAAUCUAAAGAGACGGUUUUGACGACGACUACUAUGACAACAAGCGGAAUCGUUUCAGCUCGUCACGUUAUACCAAACAGCAAAACACAGACUUCUUUUCAAGGAAACAUUUACGAUGGACUAACAGCUCGUUGUUCGUCGCCCAACAUAUUUGAUAGUGGAAUGCCUCGCCGUGGUAGUUUCAUUAAUCGAAACGACUCCAUGGACAGCACGACGGCCUGCUCUGUUGGCAAUCAGAGUCUCAGCAACGCAGCAACGUUUGCCGGUGGUGCGAGCAAUUUUCUCGGCGUGCCAAAGAGCGACUCUCCCGGCCUUUUAGCCGUUCCUAGUGGACACAGUGAAAGCCGACGACCGAGCAUCUUGCCAGUCCCUGAUAUGUUUUCGGGUUCUACUAUAAACCUGGUAGCUGGUCAUACCACAGCCACCGAGGAUAGUGAGGAUGAGAUCGACGAUGACGUUCCGUGGCCCGCCCCAACCGAAAAGAUCUCGAUCGUGAAAGGUUUUCCACCGGUGUCGCCGUACAUUGGCGUUAGCCCCACCUUAUGUUACCUUUUGAAGGAGAAGAAACCACUUUGUUGUCUACAACUUACUCAGGUGUGUGAGCACUCGAGCCAUCGAAGUGCCAAGGAAUAUAAUUGGUCUAAUAAAGUCAUCAUCCUCGCAGCUGAUUACGCCUCUACCGGCAUCUAUAAUUUCGUCAUUCCCUUGCGAGCUCAUUUUCGCACUAAGUCGAGUUUAAACCCUAUUGUGUUGCUACUGGAACGAAAACCAGACGUCGCGUUCCUGGACUCCAUCUCUUAUUUUCCAUUUGUCUACUGGAUGCUGGGGACCAUUGACUGUUUGGACGACUUAAUAAAAGCGGGUAUAAUACUGGCUGAAAGCGUCGUCGUCGUCAACAAGGAAUUCUCCAAUUCGGCCGAAGAAGACACUCUCUCCGACUGCAACACCAUCGUCUCCGUCCAGACCAUGUUCAAGUUUUUCCCAAGUAUUAAGACCAUUACUGAACUCAGCCAGUCAUCCAACAUGCGUUUUAUGCAGUUUCGUGCACACGAUAAGUAUGCUCUACAUUUGUCGCGCAUGGAAAAGGCUGAGAAGGAGCGAGGAUCGCAUAUUUCCUACAUGUUUCGACUACCGUUUGCUGCCGGAAGCGUUUUCUCCGCUAGCAUGCUUGACACACUUCUCUACCAAGCUUUCGUUAAAGACUAUGUCAUCACUUUUGUCCGUCUGUUACUUGGUAUUGAUCAAGCCCCCGGAUCAGGAUUCUUGAGCUCGAUGAAAAUCACAAAAGAAGACAUGUGGAUUCGCACCUAUGGACGUCUCUAUCAGAAAUUAUGUUCUACCACUUGCGAAAUACCUAUUGGUAUCUACAGGACGCAAGACACAUCCAACUCUGAGAGUGUUAGCGAGGAUAUGGCCCGUGAAGAUACCGGUUGCGCUGACAUACCUCGACGAGGGAACUAUGACACCCCAGUUCACUCGCGGCAGCAUCCCGGGCGCGUUUCACUGUUGACUGACGAAGCACGUGACAAUCAUACACAACUGAUAGAACGAGCAGAAAUCGCCAGCUUAGUUCGUUCAAGAAUGGACAGCCUUGGUAUCGAUACCCUUGAUUAUGAUGAUGUCUCAGAGAAAAGAUCGUCACUUUCUUACGUCAUCAUCAAUCCUAGCUGUGAUCUUAAAUUAGAAGAGGGCGAUAUAAUUUAUCUGAUCCGACCAAGUCCAUUCUCGGCCCAGAAGACGUUCGAACGACACAACAGUCGCCGUCGGUCGCAUAUCAACAUCUGCGAGGAAAGACGUCGACGCAAUAGUACGAAACCAAUGCCACAGAAAGCCAACUCACUUUCUCUGCCAGAUAGCCCAGACAUCUCUCUAGGCCCACCUUCCGGCCUGGGUGCAAAUCGUGGAAGAUCACAUUCUCUUCGCGUUGAUGAUAUUCUGAUGAGGCGUUCUAGCUCUUUGCGUCAAGGUUUGAUGACACGUAAUACAUCAAGUGUGGAGGAGGUAAGCUUGAAUUUAGAACCUACUGGAGGGACGAGUGGUCUUUUUUCUGGAUCAGGCUUACGCGGUGGAAGCAUCAAGAUUCCUUUGAAUGGUAGCAUUGGUUUAGAGGUCACUCCUCCUGCUGACCAGGAUUGUAGUGACUCUGAGGAAUCUCUAGAUCUUCGUGGUACGAUCGUAUGACACCACCCUCCACCCGUAGCUCAAUCCAAUAUAAAAAGUAGCAAUCACUUCCCGAAGCCAAUUACACCCGCCAUUUUUGUCUGUGAUUCAGAUGACUAAAACAUGAUAAGGAUGAAAAUUUC